GUCUCGUUGAAUCACCCAAAAUGAGGUUUUUCCAGAAGGUUCUCGUUGUGCUUACAUGUGGAAUUGCAAUAAUUUUGCAAUCCACACAGAUGGUACGGGAUAAGCUCUCUAGCGUUGCAUACGAACAACACCUACGUUUGCAGUACUUACAGUCGUUAAGGUCAAUUCAGUAUACCUAUGACCCAGAGCAGAUAUUUAGGCCCAAGCUGGCUUCCAAUUCCUAUUCCCAAAAGAUCCUUAUAGACGAGAACAGGGAUGACGUCCAGAUCGGCAUGGAGAACGCAACCAUCAUAAUGCUCGUUAGAAACAGCGAACUGGAAGGUGCGCUGAGUGCGAUGAGGUCGCUCGAGGAUAGGUUCAACAAAAAGUACAGGUACCCUUGGACUUUCCUCAACGAUGUCCCCUUCACUGAUGAGUUCAUCGAGGCCACGACGCUGAUGGCCUCUGGAACCACCGAAUACGGGCUCAUCCCGUCUGAGGAAUGGGAUAGGCCUCCGCACAUCGACGAGGCCAAGUUCGUGCAGUGCAUGGCAGACAUGGUCGAGAAGGAGGUGAUCUAUGGCUUCUCAGAGUCGUAUAGAAACAUGUGUCGAUUCAACUCCGGCUACUUCUUCAGACAGCAGCUUGUCAACAAGUACGAAUGGUACAUGAGAGUGGAGCCCGAUGUCGAGUACUACUGCGACUUCGACUACGACCCCUUCAAGGUGAUGAGGUUGAACGGCAAGAAGUACGGCUUCAUCAUCUCAAUCCACGAGUAUGAGGAGACGAUUCCAACGCUUUACGACACAACGAUGGACUUCUUCGAGCUGAACCCGCAAUAUCUCCAUCCAAACAACUCGUUGGACUUCCUCACUGAUAAGGAGCCCUUCCCAAAUAGUCAGGUCAGAAUGGACGUUGCCAACGACUAUAACCUGUGCCAUUUCUGGAGUAAUUUUGAGAUUGGUAACCUGGAUUUCUACAGGUCAGAGGCGUACUUGCAGUACUUUGAGUACUUGAACCAAGCUGGUGGGUUCUACUACGAAAGAUGGGGUGAUGCUCCAGUUCAUACGCUCGCCGCAGCGUUACUGCUUGACAAGCACGAGAUCCAUUACUUUGAAGAUAUCGGCUACUUCCACAACCCGUUCGCCAACUGUCCUUCGAGCACUGGGAUCAGGAAGUCCAAGCGAUGUAUCUGUGAUUGUUCGGAUGAGUCUGUCAUUGAUGUGCUGCCACACAGCUGUGUUCCAAUAUGGUGGAAAGUUGGUGGUAAGACCUUUCUGAAGGACAAGGGGGUUAUCUAACGCUAAUGAAUCAUACUCGAAAAUACAGCGCCUGCUUGGAAGACUGGUGGUGGUGAUAGUAGUAGUAGUACAUUAGUAUGGAGUUUCCAGUCUCGACAGCUGGUUCAAGAUCGUCUUGAGUUCAUCGUCGGACUUCUUGUUGGCCAAGCUUGGUAUCAGCGUCUUGGCCUCGUCAACGUCGUCGCACGCCAGCGAGCCCAGCUGUGCAACCUCGAAGGGGUGUAGAUCUGAGUUCU